GUUUUAGGCGUUUCAGGGCUUUAGAAGAAAAGGUAUUAGGGUUUUAAAAACAAAAAAAUUGACAUUGUUGUUGUUGCUUGGCCCUUCAAUUUGGCGGCUAGGGUUUUUAAUCCCAUCACCCCUUCUUUGUUUUUAAAUCUUUUUCUUAUUACACCUGUAUAGAUUUUUCCUAUUUCGUUGCAGACAUUUAUAUUAUACAAUCACAAACACAUAUUCAUAAAGUUCUAAGCUUUGAUCAACUCUCAUUCUUCAAAACUUUUAAAAGGAUUUUUUUAAUUUUGUUUUCUUGUUGAUUCUUUCAAAUUAACUAAAAUUCUCAUCUGGGUAUUCUUAUGAUUCCCAAUCCUUGAUCGUUACUUAUCUCAAGUAAGUUCAAAUUCCCUAGAUUACUUUUUUGUGAAGUUUUGGCUUAAAAAUCCAUCUGGGUAUUCUUAUUUUAUUUGAUUCAGUAUAGAAGGAAAUUAGAGAAGAAAGGUUUAAUCUUUUUGUUUAUUUCUGUGUUUGGUUGUUGUUGGUAGCUUUGAUCAUCGCAUUAUUGAGGCUUGUUUUGUUCUGAAUUGAGUUAUAAAUUGGUGCAUAUAAGAGUUAGAGAUUAGCCUAGUGAUACAUAAUUGGAUACAAUUUCAAGUAUUUAAAUUUGCCAAAAAAAUGAGUUACUCUGAAUCUCAAGUUUCUUUUAUGUCACCACAACCUUCAUAUCAAUCAGGCAGUGACUCCAUUGCUGUCUGGCCUCAAUUCCCUAUGAACAGCAAUGACCAAUUUGAUUCACAUUCACAAUAUGAGCUACAUCAACCCCCUUUUAAAAGACCUAGAAACUCAGAAGAUGGCAAUAGAAUCCCUCUACCCAGUAACCUGCCCGUCAAUAAAGGAACAACAAACAUCUUUUUUAAGACUAGAAUGUGUGCAAAGUUUAGGACUGGUAAUUGUAGGAAUGGUGAAAAUUGCAAUUUUGCUCAUGGUAUGCAAGAUUUGAGGCAGCCCCCUCCGAAUUGGCAAGAUCUUGUUGGUUCAGUUGGUCGUGGGGAAGAGGAUAGGCCUGCAGGGAAUUGGGAUGAUGAUCAAAGAAUAAUUCACAAGAUGAAGCUUUGCAAAAAGUUUUAUAAUGGAGAGGAGUGCCCCUAUGGUGAUAGGUGUAAUUUUCUUCAUGAAGAUCCGUCCAAGUUUAGGGAUGAUGUAGGGAGGUUUCGGGAGAGUUCUGCAAUAAGCGUUGGAACUACUAUGCAGCAGCCAGUUAUGCAUGUAACUAAUGGAUCAAAUGUGAUUGAAGUUAAUAAGUCUGUUAUCAGCGCUGGCUCAGAUGCUUUACGAGGAAAUAUGAAGCCAGUGUAUUGGAAGACGAAGUUGUGUACUAAGUGGGAGAUUACAGGUCAUUGCCCUUUUGGCGAGAAAUGUCACUUUGCUCAUGGGCAAGCUGAGUUGCAAGCCCCUGGAGGACAUUCUGAAGGUGAAUUUGGGAAUGCAAUUUCCAGUUUGACCAAGCCACCACUGAUUGUUGCUACUAAUGUAUCUCCAAUUAUGACCGCAAGUGUACCUAGUUUAGUUGAGGAAGGGCAGAAUAAAAAAUGCUUGUUGAAGUGGAAAAGCUCCAAGAAAAUAAAUCGAAUUUACGGCGAUUGGCUUGAUGAUCUGCCGUUAGGCCAAAACUUAACAAACCAAGUGGAGAGCUGAGCAUCAGGAAGAUCAAAAUUUAGACUAGCAUAUUUUGAGUUGUUGCAGAGUCGCAAGAGAUGAGAAAAAUGUGUUUCUACCCUGCUUUCUCAAAGCUGGUAUUUUUUUGGCUAGAUAGGUGUUUGAAUAGGUAGGUUUGUUUUCUUCUAUGUUUUCCUACCUUAUUCUGUUUUUACAUUUCUUCAGUUUAUUGAGGAAAUUCGAGAUAUAUUUCUGCAACAUGUAACUAGUCAUUGUUUGUUGAUUGAAACAGAAAAUAAAACAGCUUUUUAGCAAAUAUGAUCACUUGAUUUCCUACGUUUCGGCGUAUUAUUUCA